AUGAAGUUUUCUGUCAUUCAAACCCUUGCCCUGGCCUCCGGUAUCCAAGCACAUGGGUACCUCACACUCCCCAUGAGCCGGACCGGGCUCAACGCUCAAGCUGGACCAGACACAUGUCCCGAGUGCACCAUCCUCGAGCCCGUCACGGCCUGGCCCGACCUCGACACGGCCCAAGUUGGGCGCACAGGCCCAUGCGGAUACAACGCCCGUGUCAGUGUCGACUACAACCAGCCCGGACCCCGCUGGGGAUCUACGCCGAUCGUUACCUACAAGGGCGGCGAUGUAGUUGAUGUGCAGUGGUGCGUCGACAACAAUGGCGACCACGGUGGCAUGUUUAGCUAUCGCAUCUGCCAAGACCAGGCACUCGUGGACAAGUUCCUGACGCCCGGGUACUUGCCCACCGAGGCUGAAAAGCAGGCUGCAGAAAACUGCUUCAGGGCUGGCACCCUGCCUUGCACUGAUGUCAACGGGCAAUCGUGCGGCUUCAGCCCCGAUUGUUCUCCAGGACAAGCCUGUUGGAGGAACGAUUGGUUCACGUGCAAGGGGUUUCAAGAUACCAAGUGCAGGGGUGUAGAUAACGCGCCUUUGAACUCUUGCUACACCAGUAUAGCGGGCGGUUACACGGUCUCUUCGCAGAUCAAAAUCCCCAACUACGUUUCGAAUCAUACCCUGCUAUCCUUCAAAUGGAACUCGUUCCAGACGCCACAGAUCUACCUCACCUGCGCCGACAUUAAAAUAACCGCGCCAGACGCUCCAUCAAACCCCCCACCCACCGCGACCAGCACGUCAGCGAGCGCACCACCCACAGGUUGCGCUACGCCGGCCGCAACCGUCGCCGUCACAUUUAGAUCCAAGACGACAACGGUGGUCGGCCAGACUGUCAAGAUCGCGGGAUCGAUAGCGCAGCUGGGGAGCUGGGACGCGUCCAAGGCGCCGGCGCUCUCUGCCUCUCAGUACACGUCGGCGAAUCCUCUCUGGACCGCGACCAUCAAUCUGCCGGCCGGUGCCAGCUUCGAGUACAAGUUCAUCAGGGUCGAGAGCAGCGGUGCUGUGACGUACGAGUCGGGUGCAAACAGGGCUUACACGGUGCCGUCGGGCUGCGCGGGUACGGCGGCAGUUGAUGCUACCUGGAAGUAG